AUGUCGUCGCUGCCGGAAGAUACGGUGGGCGAGAUCCUGAGCUGGUUGCCGGUGAAAUCAUUACUGAGAUUCAAGCGCGUCUGCAAGAAUUGGCGGCAACUCAUUCACCAAGAUGACUUCAUCGACAAGCAUCACCGCCGCGCCCGCGCUGGUUGCAACUAUCAAUACAAAUACGAAAAUCAGUUUUGGUCGGAAUUCUAUUGUAUUGAUAUACAGGAAGGGUUAAUGUUAGAGCAAGAGCACAGUAAAGGUCCCCUGGGAAGGCUUCGCAUAAGGAAUCCGGCGACGAGGCAAACGGUAUACUCGCCGGAUCUCCCGGUCGGCGAUAAACCGCCGACUUGGGUGCUGGCCAGAAUGUUCUUCGUCGCAAAAAGUAUUAACGAAUGCACGGUGAUAAGUUUCUCUAUGGUGUCGGAAGAGUCAGUUUUUUUGGGACGAUUUAGAGUGGUAACAGUAGGCGUUGAUGCAGCGUGGAGACCUCUCAAGAAUUUCCCACCCAACUUCAUAGACUACUUUAGCAUCGCCUUCCCAUCGGUGAUAUUCGUUUUGAGUAUUGGUAAGAUUUUCCAUGUCGUCACAAUGGACGGCCAGGAUGGGAACAUUAUGUUGGUGAACGUAGAGGAAGAGAGCAUUACAACUGUUAAAAUCCCAGAAAAUUUCUUCUCAAAUUGGAGAUAUGUGAUGCCAAGAGAAUGGAAUUCAAAGCUGUCUCUCUUCAGCUAUGAGCUGUCUCUCUUCAGCUAUGAGGGAUAUCAACUCAGCAUCUGGGUUCCCAUGAAUAACAACAAGAACCAGUGGACUAAAAUCAAGACUUUCCAUCUUGCAACUCCUAUGACCCAGAAUCAUCCAAUUCCAUACUGGUUACAUCAGGAGGAACUAAGCUAUAAACCCUCAAUUUUGCAUUUAAAAGGAAUGCAAUCCGAGAACGAAGGUGGAAGCCUGCGAACUCUGGAAGGAAAUAGAUAA